CUAAUCUUCUUUGCCUUUCCUCCUCGGUUCCGGUCUCCAAAAUGGCGUGUUAUAAUACUACUACAACACCCACACCUUUCACAAUUCCUCCUCAUAAGGAUCCAACCAGAAAGAAAACAACAAAACACAAAAGCAAGCUCUCUCCACACCAACGUCAUUAAUUAUUAACAACCGAGUAGCCGGAAGGAGCAGAGCAGCGGCCACCGUUUACUACUUGGAAAGGUGUUUGUGGGUUUGGGGUUUUCCUCAUUUCCCAAAAUUAGCAGCGUUACUUUCUCAAUAGACCGCUCAGGGCUUAGAAUCGCCCUCACUUUUGGGUUGUGGCCGCCAGCUGAUUCGCCCCUCUUUUUCUUUGGUUCUAUCUCCUCUGUUUUUUGUUUGGCUUUUUAGUAUUUGUCUGCGGAGGAAUUUUAGCGGUGUGUGGCUGAUCUUUACGAGAAGGGUUACAAGGAGGAAGAAUAAUGUUUCGAUGGGAGUUGGGUUUCAAGUGACUGCCGUAGUUUUGGAUUAAUUAUAUAGGAAAGUAGUUGCUUCUUGUCUCGCCUCGUCUGUUGCUGGUGGGAAACAAGCCUGGAGUAGCAUUUGCAAUGGCGGAAUAUAUCUAUUUGCUCAGCAAGGACGCAGUAAUCAUUAAACCUCCCAAGAAGUCUUCUAUGUUAUUGAGGAUGGUGGUUCUAAUGUUUGCCAUGACGUUUGGUGUCUACAUCUGCACCAUUUGCCGGCAGCAGAUUAGCAGCCUUAGCAAAGUAACGAUUAAAAAUAUACAAGUGAUUGAUGAGCCAUCUAAUACUGCUGACCAUAGUGUCUUUCAUGUGCCUAAGCUGCAUUACCCAAACCCUGAAAGUUUCAGCAGGGAGGAAUGUGUGGAUAACCCUGUACGUUACUUUGCCAUUGUAUCGACUCAAAGGUCAGGGAGUGGAUGGUUUGAGACAUUGUUGAAUAGUCAUGUUAACGUGAGCUCGAAUGGGGAGAUCUUUUCGGUUUUGGAUAGGAGAAGAAACUUCUCAGCUAUUGUUGAAACUCUGGAUAGGGUCUAUAAUUUGGACUGGUUCUCUAGUGCUUCCAAGAAUGAAUGCUCUGCUGCUGUUGGAUUCAAGUGGAUGCUGAAUCAGGGAGUGAUGGAGCACCAUGAAGAAAUAGUGGAGUACCUCAACCGCAGAGGUGUUUCUCUGAUUUUUCUCUUCCGUAGAAACCUACUUCGACGAAUGGUUUCACUGCUUGCAAAUUCCUAUGACAAGUAUGCCAAGUUAUUGAAUGGAACUCACAAAUCUCAUGUCCAUACCACUGAAGAGGUUCCUCUUCCAGUCCCCCAUAAACUCUCUUUCUCCUUUUUUGCAUCUGAUUUACACCAUUUUUAUGCUGAUGGUCAGCCACUGUUUUGUUGCAGGCUGAAACGCUUUCCCAGUUUAAGCCCAUAGUUAACUCCACAUUGCUGAUAUCUGAUUUGAGACGGGCAGAGAUCUUGGUUGCCAAGGCUCUAGAGUACUACAACACCACUCGGCACAUGGUUGUGUACUACGAGGAUCUUGUUAAAGACAGCAAGAAACUUGAGGAGGUGCAGGAGUUUCUGAGGCUUCCGGUGAUGGAACUGAGAAGCCGGCAGGUAAAGAUCCACAAGGGGCCAUUAUCAGAACUGAUCAAGAACUGGGAAGAUGUGAACAAGACGUUGUAUGGAACGGAGUACGAGAAUUACCUGAGGGUCGACUAUUGAGUCUGCGGAAGGGACUGAUUUCGGAAUGGUUUGCUAACUUGCAGGAAGUGUGAAUACCAACUACUCAACUGACAUGUCGUCCACUCUCUCCUUAUAUGUGCAUUUCAUGAGUUGACAGGCUAAUGGCUCUUCUCAAAAUUUUGACUGGCAUGGGCGAAACUGCGCCAUAACUGGUUCUUCUUUUGUUUUGUUAAUGGCUUUCUCAACUUUGCGUUGAGAUUUGAUUCCCAUAGCUGAAACCUGUGUUGUUUGAUCACCUUCUGGUUGAUCAUGCAGAGAUCAAAGUUGUACAUGUAGCCUACUCGCUUGCAGGAAAAAAAUUAUAAUAUAUGAGCAAUUCAUUCAGUAUUUGAAAGCGAAAGUUGUCAUAUGUUGUUGUGGU